AUGUGGCGCAUGGAGCAUCUAAAGGCGAAAUUCAAAUGGCUAGAAGGUGCUUGGGGUGAAAGCGUUGAUGAGUUUGAAACUCUACUGGGUUCUGUAAUUUCGCAAACAACCCGCCUUGAUCAAAUUGCUCCUGUUGGCAACAUGAUAAACGAGUACGCGCCUUCAUGGUGGACUCGAAUGUGCCGUGCACUAGUACGGAUGGUGCAGGCAGCUUGGUUCCAUCUCACCAAGGAGGAGGCGUAUCCUGUGCUGUCUGCUGUAGCCACCUUCUUGGUUAUCCUUAUUAUUGGUUACGGCUUAAAUUAUAUGAAUCAAGAAUCAAGACCCAAAAAGGAAAAGACCAAGCACUUCCACACGGAGGAAUGGCAUCCAGAGGAUCCACAUGCUAAGACGGAUCCGCCUGCGAAACCGAAUCCACAGACGAGGUUGCAAAGGGCAUUAUCUAUAAUGAAUCCGCACAUACACGAAUUACGAGCCGAAAGCUACUUUGGUAUGAUUCGUCUGCUGAAGCCGGGUUGUCGUUCUCUGAUUCUUCUUGUCGACGAACAAAGCAAGGAAAAAUUGAUGAUGCAAUUUGCUCAAUACAUCUUACCACUGAGAAAGUGA